AAAGGCUCCAGGUCUGUGACAGCAGCCGGACAAACGCCCGUCUUUCCCAGCAGUCGUUCCUCCGUAUCAGGGUAAAUUAUGUGAUGGGUGUUGGAGCGGAGCCCGGAGCGGGAACGGGGUGAUGAUGAAGACGGGGAAGUUCGGUUUCCACUUCCAGACGACGCUCGGCGGGGAAUAAAGGGGGACGUCGCUUUUUUCUGAGAGGGAUUACUUCUUUGAGUGUUACAAUCACUCCGGUUCUUCUUGUUUCUGCACUGACGUGUGGUUGUAAUUAUGCUCGAGCUCACCUUCGGAUGGUCCAUGUUGCCCGGCUGAUGCGGCGGCUGCCUCUGGCUCGCGCUUCGUCUAUGCCCAUAUUUGGCGCUAUCUGAGUAGGCAGUUAACAGGACGCUCCACGUCCAGGUCAACUGACCAUUUAAUGUGACGAGCCUCACUGUGACAUGGAAAAAACGGGCCUCUUCAUCCUCCUUUAUUACUUCAUUCUCAAUUCCCCCUUCAUGCACUGUGCGAAUGCUGCAUUUACUGAAGUCCCUAAAGAUGUGAGCGUGGGGGAGGGAGAUGAUGUGGAGAUGCCCUGUGCCUUCAAGGCGGUCAGCUCAGCGCCCAUGUCUCUGGAGAUCCAAUGGUGGUACCUGAAGGAGGAUGUACCUAAAGAACUGCCUCAUGAGUUGCAGAUCACUGCUUCAGCCAACAGCGCCAAGGUCACUCCAAGAGAAGCCACUAAAAUAAGUACUGUGCGUGUUCAGGGCAACGCCAUCUCCCACCGCCUCAGCCUGUCCAAGGUGAAGAAGGAAGACGAGGGGGUGUAUGAGUGCCGCGUGUCUGACCUGUGGGCCGACGAGACUCAGGAAUUUACGGUUCACGCCAUGCUACAUGUCACACUGGGUGAUGGCAUGGUGGCUGAGGAGGCCGUGUCGCACAUCCAGAACCGCUGGCCACUGAGGAAUACCAACACAGCGCUGGGAGGGGGAGGAACAGGGAGGGCCACCACGGAGCCCAACCAGGGGCUGGCAGGAGGUCAGAGGUCAGGGCAGGGGAAGCACCGGGUGCCUCAGCAGGCUCAGCCAGGCCUUCUUCCAUCCAUCUCAUCCACCACCACCUUGGUGGCCAAGUCUUCAGCCUCACCGCUGCAAGGUAAUGCAGCCAUCCUCCGGCAGCAGCACGGAGCUGGCUGUGGUGUGAUGAGCACCAUCAACCCCCUCUGCAUCAUGUUACUGUUCCUGCACAAGCUCCUCCCCUUCCUAUUGGCCCACUGAAGAGACUUCAACCAAAAUUAUGUCAACCUGCAAUGUUCUCACUUUCUAUACCAAAAAACAAACAAAAUAAGCAGCAGUCAGUGCCCACCAGGGGAGAAAGGGUCACAUUUAAUCUAUGUAUGCCGUUUCAACACAUCACUGCAGGGAUUGAAAGCAAUGCAACAAAAGGAUAGGAGAGUUGGACUGAAGAAACUAAAGAAAAGAAGGAUGCUUCUCAGACUUAAAACAGAGAUGAAAGCCACAUGACUAUUGACAGAGCAGAGUGUGGAUGUGUGUGUGGAAUGAUGGGAGCAUCCCUACUGAUCCACACACAGCCUAUAUACAACGUGGCCACAUGACCAUCCUCAAACACUCCACUCUCACAUUUCUUUUGCAGCCACUGUGAAGUCUGACAUCACAGACCAUUUCACUGUGAGUCCUACUGCUCAGUUCAACAUAAUCUUUUAUUUGUUAUAUGAAGACUUGUGACCUCCAUGUUGUUUUCUUUGGAAGGGGGCGAUUUGAUCAGCAUGACCUGUCAAUCGUUUUACUGUAGCAGUUUCAGGUAUCUUCAUUACUCAGAGCUAUCGUUCAUCCAGUGUGUCUGAUGUAUGCCAUGUCCAACCCCUCCUACUUUUGUUUUCAUAGAUGUGUUCCAUAAUGUAAAAAACAAAAAAGCUGAUAUUUUGAUUAAGAUAAGGCACACCUCACCAUUGUUGUUGUUAAUCACCUCCAAUAAUGUUUAUUUUUAUUAAAUAUAUGGUGAUAAAAGUGAGACAUUUAAUUUCGAUGAGACACUAAAUGAUAUAUUGGUAACCUGACACUCAGCAUUUGAGAUGAAAGUAUAUUGUUUUUGUAAUAAAAGGUAGAUUUCAAAGGUUUACGUUAAUGGUUGACUGUCACCACAAAUGGUUAUUACAAUAACAUAAGAAAAUAUAUAGCAAAAGACUGUCAUUAAACCUCAUUACUAACACAGUCAACACUAGCUCUGUGUCCAUGCAGGGACAACUCAGGUGAAGUUCAUGUAUGAGUACCAGCUCUUUCCCUAUCGUCACUAUCAUCUUAAUAGUUCCCAGGAACAAUCAAUUUAAUCUAGGAAAAGGUUUCUCGGAUAUUAAUGUCCUGACUUCCAUGACAUUUGCCAUGAAUGAUCAUCAAUUAGAAUACUUGGUGAACUCCAGUGUUGGGCAGUAAGGCAUAACUAGUAAUAAUAUUACAGUAGUAAUAUUACUUUCCCUAGUAACUAGUAGUGUAAGUAAUUACUAAUUAAUUUCAGCAAUAAUAUUACAAUUACUUAACUAGUUGAAAUUUCCAUGAAAUUUGCAUACACUAUUAUUCUCUAUUUAAAAUGGAAUAAUAAACUGGCAAAGGUCAAACAUUAGUUUGAUGGUUUGAAGUUACAGACUCACAGUUUUUAAACCUUUGGGAUUCUUGUGAGUCAAUGUGUACAAAUAGCCUAUCCAGAAUCAAUUGGAUUUUUAGGAGACAUUUUUCUCCUAAACCUCUCGUAUGAGGAUUCAAAUCAUAUUCAACAAACUAUUUUGAAGGGGACUUAGUCAGGGGACUUAAUAUGCUGUCAUAUAAUGUUGAUAAUCAUAUUUAAACAUGGCCAAGGUUUCAAAUAAUGAGCUAAACAUAAGUUAAAGUUUCCAACGUCUUGUUUUUUUUUCUUUAUGCUCGUCAUGGAUUUUAUUAUAAGGCACAGCACCUACAGGGAUGCCACAAUCCACCCAUUCAGUCGGUCUACAUUAUUUGACUGCUCUGCUACUCUUCAGUUUUUUGAACUAAGUAAACCAGCACUUCCGGUGGUUCAAAGCUCCGGUACUAGAGGUGUAAGCAUCAACACUCCCAAGACGGAAAAAAAUAUUUUGUCCAUAAAAUAGGAUCGAGUUUCACCAAAAUCAGAGAAUAAAGAUUUGUUUUUGUUCAGUAAUCAGUGAGACCCAGCCCCUAGAAACACUCUUCCAAUCCAGUCUCAUUUGUGGUUUGAUAAACAGAAAAUUCAUCAAAUUCUGUGCUCCAUAUCAUUUUUUUUCCCAAGCUAAGUUGCUGAAGCUGUCAUAUGCUAUCAAGAACACAUCGGCAAGAGGUUGUUGACCCUUGGUAGGCUUCUGGAAGUUGGCCAAUAAGGAGAAAGACAGCUUCAAGGGAGGGAGGAGGAGCUGAUUGUUGAGUCUCAUUCCCAGAUCAACUCUUUGGGUUGCCAGCGUGUUCGUAUUUGACAGCCUAGGAUUGAGAUUCAACAGUCAUUUAUUUUUCUCCAGAAUGACUGACCUCUGAAACUAAGACAGUGAGGGUGGUCUGAGAGACGGCAUAAAUGGCCAGUAUGGAACUGGUAAUGGUAAAUGGACCUGUACUUGUAUAGCACCUUUCUAGUCAAAGCCCAUCGAACAGAAACUAACACAUUCAUAUAUUGAUACACAGGGAGCAAUUCGGGGUUCAGUAUCUUGCUCAAGGACAUUUCGACAUGUGGCGGCAGGAGCCGGGGAUCGAAGCAUGAUAUAAGGUUUUUUUUUUUACCUUGAAUUGUGCAAAGCCACUCUAAUGGUGUCCUAGGAUAAAAAUAUAGAGCAAAAUAGGUCCUCUUUAAUUGCACAAACUAAAUCACUUGUUUCAGCUUGAUGAAUACCACCUCUCUAAAUGAUCGUGAGAUUUGAUCAAUAGGAUUAUCAAAUCCCCUAAAAUUGUCAUAUAUCCAAUCCAAUCCAAUCCAAUCCAACUUUAUUUGUUAAGCACUUUAAAACAACCAAAGUUGACCAAAGUGCUGAUAUAUGUUCCACUCUGUGUGUGGGAAAGUUUAAUUCACAAAAAGUUCAAAGAAUAAUUUCACAGAGAAGGGGAUUUAUGUCCUGUUGUCAGAAAAAAGUGAACAAAAACAAGUUUCGUAGAGUUAGUAUAGUGUUGAUAGGGAACCUGAAGUAAUUAUAAAAUAAUAAUUCAGCUGCCUAUGACGUGUCAUCAGAGCAAAGCUGCACUGUCACAGACAAAAAGAGAGGAAUGUUUGACAUGAAGUUAGACACUAAAAAUGUCUUUCUAAAGGUAAGCACUCCAUGUCUGAUUUAAGAGGGAGAGUUGUUGUAUAAAUAACAUACUGUAAAUAAUUGCCAAUAAAAAUCAUAUAAUAUGAAAAGCUCUCAGUAAAUUAGCAGCCCUGAUGAUGACAGAAUAUUAAUGUACUACAUUUUUGUUUAUACAGGGAAGUAUAAAGACCGCAAGGCUUUCUUUUUUAAGAACAACCUCACAAGCUUCCCAGUAUGACCACAGUCUGAUCUGUUGGCCAAGUUGGGAGCUAAUGUGACGGAGAGUUAAGUGCUGCCCUUCUACUCUGCUUAUCCCGACCGUACCAGCAACCUUUCUGUUCUUUAACACUCAGGCCAGUACAGGCUGGUGGUCAGUUUCCACAGGGACAAACUAUCUGUACACACAGAUUAACAUCUGGUAAUUAAUCUUUAGUGAGCAAACAUUAGACAGAAGUGGUCUUUUUGUGCAUAUUGUGUCUCUGUGUCACGUAUACCAUCUUUGUACAGGAGAUGCAUUUAUGAAACGUGUACUCAGGGUGCACUCCAGUCUGCACUGUAUUUCAGUACACUAAACUGUUCAACUAAAGAAUGACAGUAUUACAUUACAUGAUUACCAAAUAAAGUUGUGGUUUCACUUUUCUCCUUGCUGA